AAUAGCUACAUUGUUUGGGAUUGCUUUCAUUCACUUGAUUUUCAGAUUCUCUAAUUAAGCUCUCAAGAUCACAGAAGACAUGUCAGGUGCUAGCCGUUGCGGAUUGCUUUCACUUGCGAUCCUAGUACUCGCCACGCUUGUAUCUCCAAGUUCACAACGUGGUUUAAGAAUCGAUGAAAACGGGAUGAAAACUCAAACUUUCCUGUCUCCUAGGGUCGAGCAGGAACCUGGGUUAGUGAGCAAUAAGUAUUUCUACGAUAUCGGCUUCCCAAAGGGCCACAUCGCCGUCAAGCGUUUCGACGCCGAGAUGGUCGACGAGGCCGGCCGUUCUGUCCCUCUCCACCAAGCCUAUAUCCACCACUGGGCUGUCAGGAGAUACUUCAAACCCUUGGGCUUGGGCGAUAUCUCCAACAAUGAUCACAGCACAUACAAGCUGGCGAUGAACGCCGGCAUCUGCGAUUCGCUUCCGCAGUAUUUCGGACUGGGCGCUGAGACACGAAGAACCGACACCCAUGUUCCGGAUCCGUACGGAAUCGAGGUGGGGAAUCCACCGGAAGGGUACGAGGAUGCGUGGGUGCUCAAUCUACACACGAUUGACACCCGAGGCACGGUGGACAGUCUCCGGUGUCUGGAGUGCAAGUGUGAGCUGUAUAAUGUGACGGUGGAUGGGUUCGGAGAUCCUAUUGGCGACGUUUACACGGGCGGGAUCAGGUGCUGCUUUGACGGCGUUAAGUGCAGGCUUAAAGAUGGAUACAGUAGUAGUGAUGUAAAGAAAGUGUAUUACAUGAAGUACACCGUCACUUACGUUGACUGGAAUCCGUCUAUCGUUCCUGUCAAGAUUUAUAUAUUUGACGUCGCUGAUACUCUGGAAUGGCGGGAGGCCCUGCAACGACAUCAUUGCUGGAUUGAAUAUGAAGUGGAGUCAUGUUCUGGUUCCAUGGCAAAUGAGAAGUGUGUUGAUACCAAAAGUGUAACUGUAAAUUUGGCAAGUGGAGGAGAUGUCAUCUAUGCUGUUGCCCACCAACACAUAGGAGGGAUUGGUUCAACUCUUUAUGGAGAGGAUGGGCAGACAAUAUGCUCAUCUUUCCCAAUUUAUGGGGAAGGAAUGGAAGCAGGAAAUGAAGCCGGUUACAUUGUAGGAAUGUCAGCAUGUUAUCCUCAACCUGGUUCUAUUAAAAUUGUGGAAGGAGAAAUGUUAACUAUUGCGUCUAAUUAUAGCACUAGGUUGAGUCACACUGGAGUCAUGGGGAUGUUUUACAUUUUAGUCGCCGAACCAUUGCAGAAAUCUAAUUCUACCCUGGAGGCUCAACUUGAGAUAGGUGAGAUAGUGAACCCGGCAGAUGAUCUUUGAGCUUUAAUGGCGUUGUAAUGCUUGACUGCUUGUUGCUGUUGUCAUUAUUGUUAAGGACAUCUACUAUGAAUCAAGUUUAUGUUGUGUUUAUGCGUGCACUAAGUCAAAUAUUGGGCAUUUCUCAGUUAAAUAAAUAUUAUCUAAAUAAAUAAAA